AUGGAUGAUCAGUUGGAGCUUCACAUGCAACGAUGUCUUGAAAACGAAGAUGAUAGUUCCAAUGAUCAAGACUCGGAUUUGCAACAGUUGUUGGCGUUACAGUCAUCGCGACAUACUACCUCCCAUAAAGAAACUGCUAAAACAUCUAGUGUGGUGAAUCAGGUGGGAGAAUCAUCAUCAAUAGACGAAAAAGAAGAUUCCAAACCAUCACAGGAACAACGACAAGAAUCAUCAGAUAACACCAUACGACCGCAGUCACCAAAACUACCGCUUGAUCCGCGACUGGACUGUCACAUGAUCCCUAGCAACAAAGCUCAAGAACCACCGUUCACCAAUGUAACGCAACGAUUCUUGUGGUGGAUAGCUCAGCUUGUAGAUAGCCAGUUUGAAUCGCAUGGGGGAGUCAUCGUCAUCACAGUUUUAGGUUUCCUGGUAGUGGCGAGUAUUUUCCAUUGGGAUUGGGAUUUUCGAUGGUCUGCUAGUACUGGAUUUCUCAUCAUGAUGAUCAUAACGCAACAGAAGCAAAUUAGUGAUAACGACGACAAUUACAAAAUUAUGGUUGGUACAUCCAGACAUAUAACAUCCGACAACAAUGCUGGUCGUAGUGGUAAUGUCGACCAAAAGAAGCUACUCGAAGAAACCAAGGAAAAGGUAUCACAUCUACUGGGACUAGCUGGUGCUCCGCCACCCUUGUGGCCAUUGGAUUUGGACCAAUCCACAAGAAGUCACGACAAUGGGCAUGCGACAGUAGAUGGGACAAACGUGGAAGUGAAAACGAAGGAGGACAAUAACCAACAAGAAAAUGUGGCGGAAGCAGACCUUUCUACAGUUCUUCCCUCGCUUGUACACUGUGUGGAAUCGCAUGUCCAAUUUCUGCUUACUAUCGAUCAAUCUUUGGAUUAUCUUCGAACCAGUGCUAGCAUUCAUUUGGGAUUGGGACCUCAGUCUCAGUGUGUCGAACGAGUGGAGCAAGCGGCCAUGGCACGAGAAUUCCGUUGUCGGAAACGCCAACAAACGAAGACAAACAACCCGAGCGAAUAUAAUGAGAAAAAGAGUCAUCGUGGCUUAUUGAAACCACAACGAGGGCCCAGCAAGAGCGUUUUGUCAUUAGUUACGCUGCGAAGAAACUUGGCCAAAGCUAUGAUUCACCAAUCGGGAACCUUACAGGCAUUUUGGAAACAUUUGUACGAACACCAAGAGAGUAGUGACGUGGAAAGCGAAGAUGGUUAUCCAGAAGUCAAGGAACCAUUGUUGGAAAUGCCACACAUUGUAAACCUGGCAUGGAUUAAAGAUGCCCGACAUGUCCUCGCCAAGUCACUAAGUGGAACGGUAGAAGAAAUUAUUCUUCUCCUUCAAUCAUCGUCAUCAAAAGACAAGCGCUUAUUCCAUACAUCGAAAAUAAGGUUUUGGUUGGAUGAUUCCGACGUCCAAACGCGACAACUCACACAUUAUUUACGAGGAAUGUUGUUGUUGCCAAAUGAAGGAAUCGUUGGAGCGGUAGAAUUGUCGGCAGUUCGCUCUGUAGAGAAUCCAAAUGAUCCUCUCUUUCACACCUUGUUGAAUUUUCGAACGCAAUUGGAUGCUCUUGGAGCUGCCUUGUGGUCCUGCCAGCAGUAUUGCAAUUCUUCGAAUGAUCAGAACAUGAUCGCUGAUGCCAUUCUUGACAAAGUACCAGAUGGUGUGCUGAAUGGCGAUUUGAAUUUGGAAGAAGACUCAAGCUUAUCCCAAAAGGAAUGGUGGUCGAAAAUCCAACAAAUAAGUAAAACCUGCCGAGCGUUUGAAAACGAGAUAUCCCAAAUUUACUUUCCACAAGAAGUCGACUUGGAUGAGAGUGACAACGAGAGUGACGAUAUGAAUGAUAAUGCACAACGCCCGGCAUCUCAGGAGACUGGAGAUUAUGUUCACGGUGAAAUUAAGUCCGACAGACAAGAUGUACAAGGGGGUUUAAAGAAAGACAAGCCAACAAAGACAAAAGUCUUCACUGGGAAAGGAAACGUAGAGGAUAGGCCCAAAAAGACUGGGCGUAAGGGCAAAGGGAGAACCGGUACUGGCAACGAGGGCGUGGAUUCUGAUUUUUACCUACCACAACGAGAUACGGUUUCAGAAUUGGCAAUGGUUUCAGAAUUGCAGAAUCGGAUCAAGGCCCUCGUCCAAGAUGAAGAGAUCGAAGAAGAUGAAUCAGAUUCUGAGGACCAAAAGGCUGCAAGACUCGCGAGGGCGCCUACGGCUCCAUUGUUUCUUGGUGCUUCGGGCUCCUUGCUCGCUGAAUUGAAGCAGUCUAUUCCAUCUAUGGGAGUGCUAGGCUCUGAAAUCGGCAAUGACGGAAACGAAGAAAUCAUUGGCGAAGAUUGA